AUAAUAAUCACACCACAUGCGCACUGGACUCACCCCUUUUCUCCCUCUCCUUCUUGUUAACUCUCUUUUUAUCACACCUUCCCCUCCCGGGAAUCGCCGUAUCCGUCGCGGCUAACCACCGUCCACCACUCUUCCCGACCACCGUCGCCGAUUUAGCCUUCCAACAGAUCGAAUACUGCAUCAUCAACGGUUCAAAAACUGUAAUAAGAAACAUGUCGAAAUCACGUGUCUAUGCUGACGUCAACGUUGUUCGCCCUAGAGAAUACUGGGAUUAUGAAGCACUUACUGUUCAGUGGGGUGACCAGGAUGAUUACGAAGUUGUUCGGAAGGUUGGAAGGGGGAAAUACAGUGAAGUUUUCGAAGGUAUAAAUGUGAACAGCAAUGAGAAGUGUGUCAUCAAGAUUCUGAAGCCUGUUAAGAAGAAGAAAAUAAAAAGAGAGAUAAAGAUUCUUCAGAAUCUUUGUGGAGGUCCAAAUGUCAUUAAACUUUUAGAUAUUGUCAGGGAUCAGCACUCAAAAACUCCUAGCUUGAUAUUUGAGUAUGUGAACAGUACAGACUUCAAGAUCCUUUAUCCAACAUUGACUGACUAUGAUAUACGUUACUACAUAUAUGAGCUUCUCAAGGCGCUGGAUUAUUGUCACUCACAAGGAAUCAUGCACAGGGAUGUGAAGCCACAUAAUGUUAUGAUAGACCAUGAGUUGAGGAAAUUGCGACUCAUAGAUUGGGGCCUUGCGGAAUUUUACCACCCUGGAAAAGAAUAUAAUGUUCGUGUAGCUUCGAGAUACUUCAAAGGCCCUGAGCUUCUGGUUGAUCUGCAAGACUAUGACUAUUCUUUGGACAUGUGGAGCCUUGGUUGCAUGUUUGCUGGAAUGAUAUUCCGGAAGGAACCCUUCUUUUAUGGCCAUGACAAUCAGGAUCAACUUGUCAAAAUUGCCAGGGUACUUGGGACCGACGAGUUGAAUGCAUAUUUGAACAAAUAUCAGCUAGAGCUUGAGCCUCAGCUUGAAGCUCUUGUUGGAAGGCAUAGUAGGAAACCAUGGUCCAAAUUUAUGAAUGCAGAUAAUCAGCAUUUAGUAUCUCCAGAGGCCAUUGACUUUCUCGAUAAACUUCUUCGCUAUGAUCAUCAGGAUAGAGUCACAGCAAAAGAAGCAAUGGCUCAUCCUUAUUUCAUGCAAGUGAGGGCUGCAGAGAAUAGCAGGAUGCGGACGCAGUAACAAGGCACAUGUUAUUUGACGACGUUGAUACCUUGUUUGUGUUUAAAUGGCCACAUAAAUAAGACUUAUAUUGUCUUGUUUUUCAUCUGAGGUUCCCUAAUUAAAAGCAUGAUAUAUUGUUAUGUUGGUCAAAUUGAUCAUUAGCGUCUAGCGUGUUUAUGUUCCAAUAAACUAAACCCUUGGACAUAUGACAUUAGAUUUUUACAUUAAUUAACCUUAUGAAAGACCAUGUAUUUAUGUAUUAUCCUUUUGACAUUGCAAAA